AUGACCACCGAUCUGCUGUGGAUGUCUCAGCUCGACUCCGACUGUUUUGACGACUUCGACUUUUUAGACACCUCGCUCACAGCGCUCACGCUGGUGGAGCCCGACCACUCGCAGACCGACCUCGACACCAAAGUCACCGAGUUUUUCUCUUCCGCUGAUCUCGACGACCUCAAUUUCCUCCUCCCUGAAUCCGACUCUCUCACCCACAUUGACCUCCACUCUGGCCCCUCUCACACCCCCGAACGCCGCUUCGAGUGCCUCCCUCUGCCUAAACACAAAGAACCGGUGCCUGACCGCGACCUCUACCGUAUCAACCACCCCGAGCUCUCCCACAAUGGUGCCAACCGCACCCACUUACAGCACACCCACAUCAACUGGGGCCUGUUGGGCUUCAGCACUGAACGCGGCCCGUCACGCCGCCGUAUCAUCGAACGGUCAGAUGCUAAGCCGUCGACGAUGGGGACGUUGGCAGUGCUUCGGGGUCACAUCUACCGCAAAAAUAUCAACGACCUUGUGGAUGCUGUCGACAACUUGAUCAUCAUAACCAACCCCAAAUUCUCGCAGGAGUCGACCUAUGCCCCGAAUCACUACUUGAUUGAGCGGGACUUGACUGAGUUUCACGUGUUCAACGGCAGCCGGCUCCAGCUCAUCAGAGACGCCACAAUCACCAUCGAUACCAGCCACGAUGUCAUUGAGCUAUCAAAUGUCGAGGUGCAAUUUGUCGUCGACUGCUCCAAGAAUGUGGUAUAUGGUCACUGUCGAGUCUACGUUGAGGAAAACCGGGUGUUGGCCAACUGCCUGGUCAGCAUUCGAUGGACAAACCCUCAGACGCUGAUGAGGGAGAACUGGUGCCUCUCUAGGAUUGCCGUGGUAAUGGGGUCUGGCAAUUUACGCGUGGAAUCAAAGCAUGCCAUUUGCCCAUACUGUCCCGAGGUGAGAACGUUCAACCUCAAAUGUCUGGGAUACCUCAACCACUUAGUGGAGCAUCACGGGGUGUUGCUGAACGGUGAGCUUAUCCCUGAUCCUGUUGAGAUCAACGGCCGCACAGUGUGUACUCACUGCUCUACUGAGCUUUCGUUUGAAAACCACCGAACGACUCACCGCUUCAUCGCUUACUGCCGCCAUUGGAACAAAUCGAAAGGUACCCACAAAAGCAAGCGUAUCCAUUGGCGCAAAAAACCAGUGGCUCGAGCAACGAAAGAUGUGGAUGUGGUGGAUCUGAUUUGGCAAGAGUUUGAGGACGGUCAGUGGAGGUUUGUGGAUGGUUCUCUCGUCCACUACACCGUUGAGAUAUAA